AUGGCCCUUCCAUUGCACCUGCUCCUUGAGUUUGACCAAUCGCUUCCUGAUUGGAGCACGUCUCCCUUCAUAGAGGCCCUACAGAUCUCUGUUGAGGACUGUCAGUCUCCAGAAACUCCGGACCAAUACUCGGUGGAGAAUCUUCGGCAGAUAUUCAAUCUGUUCCAGUACAGCGAUGAUGUAUUUCUCACUUGUGCCAACUGCGGUGGGUUUCUUUCAAACGUUGAAGAUUAUAAGUCGUGUUGUCAGAAAUACACCAGACAUGCAUCGCUUUCUGAGAGUCAUUUGAGUUAUUGGCUGAUCCUCUUUACGGACCCUUUAAAAGCAGUGACUCUCCUUCCAAAUUAUACUUAUAUGCUCUUUUUACAACAUGGUGGCCCUCCUAUUCAAUUUAGACGACUUCUUUGGAGAAGAAUCUUGAUCAACCAAACUAGACUCACGCAAACCUGUGAAGUCUUUGAAGAAUUACAGAAAAGAUUCAAUGAAGAAGCCGAUAAGCAGAUUUCAAAGGAUUUGAAGAGAACGUUCCCAGAAAUCUCCUUCUUCAAAGGGACAGAAGCCAGUAAGGAUUUAAGUACAAUCUUGAAUGUCUAUGCCAAUUAUGACGUUGAACUUGGGUAUUGUCAAGGAUUGUUGUUUUUGGUGGCUGUUCUUUAUUAUCAAUUCAACCAAGAUUGCCAAUUUACUCUUCAUGCCUUGAUUCAAAUUAUGGGAUCGAACCCGGAAUUACAUGAGAUCUUUUGUUCCCAUUCAAUGGGGUCCCGUUUAGGGAUUUGGUAUCAUGAGUUUCUAGUUCUUUUACAACGAGCAGAUCCAGAAUUGGCAGAUCAUUUAAGCAACAACAUCAAUGCAGACUUCCUGGUGUUUUUAUACCAAUGGUGGCUUUCCUUUAUGUCUGCCCAUACCCCAGACACUAGCAUUGUUUAUAAGGUUAUUGAUUUUUGUCAGUUCCAUAUGAAUUGGAAACGUGGAUUCUUCAAGAUCUCUCUCGGGCUUCUUUUGAAAAACAAACAUUUGCUUAUGUCUUUUGAUGAUUGUGAAAUCGUCUAUCGUCAUUUGCUCAGUGAAAAUAAGUGGGGUGCAAGCAUUUCUUUCAACUUGGAUGCAUUCUUUGGUGAUUAUUUAAUGUCGUUCCCCAAUGAAUGGUUUGAAUUCUCUAGCAAUGACAAUGACAUCACCACUACAAGACAUAAACCACAAUUAAACAUGUCUUUACUUCUGAAUACGUUCAAGAAGUUACAGUUGUACACCCCCACCAGACAUUCCAACCAUUCCAACGAAUCUAACGAUUCUAACAAUUCAACCCUAUCAUCAAUAUUCACCCGCAACAAUAAUGAAGAUACAACAGAGUCACUUUAUUCUACCGAUACCAGCUCUACGGCUCUGUCUACGGCCAAUGAACGUAAUUACUUUGACUUGCUUCGUAUGCCAAUGCUAGGGGGAGGCGGCAAUAAGGCUACUCAAGACGAAUUGGAGCUGUUGAAGAUGGAAAAUGUUCAACUAAAGUGUUUGCUUGGAUCGUUAGUUACCCUCAUGAAAGAUGGUGAUAUUUCGCCCAGUUUGAGAUUGCAGAUUAAGCAAGUGCAUCCUGAUAUAAACAUUAUAUCCGUGACUUCUAUAGCCCAAACAAGCCCAAAGGGCCGUCCAUCUGAUUCUACCAACGAUUCAUCAGUCAAAGCCAACAACUCAAAUCUUACUUCUGAUUCGCCCACACCCACGACCUCCUCCAGUACUACUCCACCUUCAACUUCAACCUCCGAUAAGCCUAAAGCUUUUAUUCCUGAAGAUCCUGAGCUUUUACGCGUAUUAGAUACUCAAUUAACCAAGCUAUUAAUUUGUGCCACAAAGGAGAACAGCGAGUCGACCAGUUGUCAAAUCAAAUUCAUUCUCGACCAUCACAAGAACGCACUUCCUAUUGAAGAAUAUUACUUGCACAAAUUAGUUUAUUGGUGCUGCAGUUUCCCCCAAGAUAUAGGUCGGGCUUCAUCUGAAAGAUUAUUCAUCGAAGACGCUUUAAUCACCCAAUUGAACCGUUUGAAAUUUGUCAAUUUCUGGGAUCAAACUCAUAAAACUUUACUGAAAUUAUUCGACGGAGAACACUUUUUCGUAACCAAAUUAGUCGAAGGCUGGAAGGAAGAUCUCGAUCCGAUCAUUGCAUAUAUAUUAAUUGCUGUUUACGCUAAGAAGGAAGAGGAAUACAUUGAAGCCAAAAAGUUUGCUGUUGAUCAUUCUGUGAAUAUUAUCCAGUCGAUUCAUUCAAAACUUGGAACAGACUUCAAUUCUCAUUUACUUUUGGAUUGCAUCUUAGAAUCUCCUUACUUCCCAUUCAAGUUAAAGUUAUUAUCCAUUCUGGAAUUUGACGCAUUUGCUAAACAUUAUUUGGAACCUAUUAAGAAAUUUUAUCAAUCAGUAUUACAAAUGUCCUUUAAAAGUCUUGCCAGUGAAAUCGGUCCAGAACAUUUAUUAUCCGAGCAAUUGCUCUCUAGAGUCCUUGAAUUGAAAGGUCGUGACAUAGAUGCAUCCAUUGCAACACUUUUAAGUGAAGUGCUUAUUCCUGGGUCCCAGGGUUUAGAAGCUUUUGGAAAAGUCAAUUCUUUACCUGAAGCAAAUGCAAGAGGUGCUCAAUUGCAAACAUGUUUAAAGGAUGUUGAUCAUUCAAAUUCAAAAUACGUUGUGAAUUGGUACCAGGUGUUUAAUCAUGUUCACUCAAAUUUAUUCGACAGUUCUAAGCGUGGUUUACAGCCUUCCCUUUUCAACAUUACCUUUUUAUUUCUGUCGUUGGAUUACAAGCCUGGUAUCAUUGACAUUUUCUUAAACUAUGAAUGGUGGUUCAAUAAAUCAUUUUUCCAUCAUUUAAGAUUGAUGGUGUUAGACGAAUCUGCUUACGAUUUAAGCAAACUGAAUAAUUUGACACUUUGCUAUUCAUUCGACAGUGUUGCUGGUGGUGGUGCUUCUUCAAGCACUAAAAAUUUGUUGAAAUUUAUAAACAUUGGUAAGUUAGAAAUCCAAGUGCUCAACAAAAUCCAACAAGCUCCCAACGAUGGUGACCCUGAACUAAACAGAAAUGUACAGGAGUGGUUCAACUAUGAUUGCAAAGAAAAUACCAUAUAUCUUCUUGCUGCAGCUUUAGAUCUAGUUGAAAAGUCUGACUUUGUCCAGAGAUUAAUCGACAACCUUUUUGUUCAAAUAUUAGACCUAAGACACCCUUUAUUAUCAGCCGUGUUGCAAAAGUUCAAGGAAAAUGAUGUCCAAUUGCUAGUAUCAAACCUUCUUAAGUACUACAUGAAUCAUCCUACAGAUGGAAAUUUGGUAUUGUUGGUUCGUGAGUCGCUCAAAUUGGAUAUUGUCGAACCUCUUUUAGAUAGAGUUCGGGCUGGUGGUGCAUAUGAGAGAUUACUCUUGGAAUUUAUUAUUGAAGCUGGAGACGAAGGAUGGGAGAAUUGGAAAUCUGUUUUGGAUGCCCAAUUGAAGGACAAUAAACCCGAAGUUUACCAAACACUUUUGUCUGUGGUAGAAACUAGAGCCUCUCAGGACUUCGAAGCAAGUCAACAAGCAGCAGCAGCUUUACAGGCAGCCGGGGAGGGAGCUAUUCCACCACCGCCAUUACCAAAGGAGAGAGGAGUUUUGCGUAUCCCCACCGCCUACUAUUUGUUGGAAAAAUUGAAAUCCUCGGGUGGUUUAAUUGAUGGAGAAAGGUUGAAAAAUUUGCAAUUAUCAUUGCUAACUACCUAUCCAAGAUUGAUAAAUUUUGGAACCGGUCACGAUGAGGCUAUUUUGGCCAACGGAGAAGUUUCUUUCUUAUUCCCUAUUGCUGUUGAGCAGGAAAUGAAAGGCUAUUACUCAAAAAUGUAUAGCAAAGAAAUGGAGAUCAAAGACAUUGUUGAGAUGUUGGUAAGAAUGAAGGAUAGUGAUGUUCCUCAUGAUCAAGAUGUUUUUGCUUGUAUGAUUCACUCAUUACUUGAUGAAUACCGUUUCUUUUCUGAGUAUCCUUUACUGGCAUUAGCCCUGACGUCUCUCUUAUUUGGGGCAUUAUUAGAGAAAGAAUUGAUUCAGGGUACAACAUUGACAGUUGCAUUGAACUUUAUAUGGGAAAGUUGUAAUCAACCUCAAGACUCCCAUCUCUUCAAAUUUGCUGUGCAAUCGUUGUACAAUUUUAAGUCGAAGUUGCAUGAAUAUCCUAUUUACUGCAAACAUUUGCUCGAAUGUCAAUCUUUACUGGCACAUGCCAAGAUGUACCAAAUUGUCAAGGACGCUGCUAACGGUAUACCUUGUCAAACCCAGCAAACUACUCCUGCUCCUGAAAUGCAAUCUCAACAACAGCAUCAGAAUGGGAACAAGUAUCAAUCGAUAAGCUUAGAUUCAAAGACAAUAGGAUUUGUUGCUCAAGAAAGACCGAAUGAAAAUAUCUCGGACAAGUUGUUGUUUGCAAUCAACAACAUGACAGGUGAUAACUUGCGUUUGAAUGAAAUCAGACCACAUUUAACAGAAGCAUAUUACUCUUGGUUUGCCCAAUAUUUGGUUGGUGACAGAGCAAAAGAUGAACCCAACAACCAUGAAAUGUAUUCUAAUUUUGUUACUGAGCUUGGUGAUGCUAUUUUCUUUGAUUACGUAUUGAACAUUUCUUUGAAGGAAGUUGAGUACAUCAUUCGGAAUUUCAAAGAUUCUGCAGUGGAGAGAAAUCAGUUAAAGACUUUAGGUGCUUGGUUAGGUAAGAUAACUUUGGCAAAUAACAAGCCUUUGAAGAGAGAUCAAAUUGCCUUGAAGUUCUUAUUGGUUGAAUCAUAUGAUUUUAACACAAUGCAUUUAAUUGUUCCAUUUGUGUGUAAGAUUUUGGAUCAAGCCCAGUAUUCCAAGGUUUUUAAGCCUCCAAACCCUUGGGUUCUUGGUGUCAUUAAAGUUUUAAUCGAGUUGUAUGAAUGUGCUGAUUUGAAGUUGAAUUUGAAGUUUGAAAUUGAAGUAUUAUUGAACAAUUUCAAGAUGAAAGUUUCAGAUGUUUCUCCAAGCACUAUAAUUAGAACUCAUAACCCAAACCCUCAGGCCUUGGCUGCUAUGUUUGCUGUUGGCAACGAUACUUUAGGACCCAUUGAACAGCAAUUACAAAUGCAAAAGGCUUGGGUACCAUCUGGCCAACAACAGCUGCAAGCAUCUCAACAACAAGUUCCUCAAGUUGGGAUGCCUCAAAGUCUUGUCAGUGGUGGUCAACAGCAAUUGUUACCCCAACAACAACAACAGCUUCAACAACAACAACAACAACCACUGCAACCGCAACACAUGCAACAGAGACAAAUGCCAGAGCCUACUUUGAAUACUAGUUUCAACAACUUAGUUGGUAAUACUAUCUUUGUAACCAAUGCCAAUUUGAGAAGAGCUUUCCAAGCAGCAUUAUCCAGGGCAGUCAGAGAAUGUGCUGUACCUAUUUUGAAUCGUGUUUCAGAAGCAGUUGUGACUACUACUGAAGCCUUGGUUCGUAAGGACUUUGCUUGUGAACCAGAUGCCAAUAAGCUUCGGAAUAGUUAUCUUACUAUGGUGCAACAAUUGGCACAUAGUAUGAUUAUUUCCAGUGGCUGUGAAAGUCUUAUGGAGUCUAUUGCAGGAAACUUGGUACAAAUUUUAGGAAACAACUUUAGUGAGUUACCUGCUGCUGAAAUGGGACAAGCAAUCCUUGCCAAUGUUGGUUUAUGUGUUGAGAUCCUUGAUAAGAUUGCCUUUGAGAAUAUUAGCGAAUUAAUUGACGAGCAUAUGUUAAAAGACAGAAAAAUGAGAGAACAACAAGCUAAGGGUCAACCAUUUGUGGAUAAGAGAGUUUCAGAGUAUGCAUUGAAGUUACCUCAACCUUUGGGAUUAGGUCCAGAUGGUCUCACACCACAACAGUCAAAGAUUUAUGAGACUUUUGGCACCAAUGGUUCAGUUAUUCGAUCUGAACCAUUCGCUGAUUCCGAGACAGUACAACAACCAACGGAAAGUACCUUAACACCAAAGAUGACCCAGUUGCAAGUUCAGCCAACAGUGGUUACCCAACAAGUACAGCCUAUAUCUCAACCUCAACCACAAGCCCAAACUCAACCUCAAUUACAAGCACAACAACAACAACCACCACAACAACAGCAAAUCACCGAAGAUUUCAUGACAGCUGACCAUUUGUUCACUUUGAUCACUCAAAACUGCGAGAAAGCAAUACAAUUAUUGGCCGGUGUUAAGGAAACAAAAUUGUCAGAUUUAGGUUCAUCCCAUCCCAUUACCGCAUUCUUGACGCAAGCUUUGUCGAUAGCUCAAAAGAAUGCUUUGAAGUAUCCUGAUUUAUUGUUAAAGGCUGCUCAAUAUUCCGUCAACUGUCUCUUCACUCAAACAAAUGAUAAUCCUAUAGCCAGUGAAAUCUACGUGGUUGUCUUGGAUAAGUUAUGUGAAUAUUCUUCCUCUACUGCCAAAGAUGUUAUUUGGUGGUUAGUUCAUUCUUCAGAUGAACGUAAGUUCAAUGUUCCUGUUAUAUUUGCGUUGUUGAAGAUACAAUUAAUCAAGCCUGCAAGGUUGGAUUCUUCGUUAGGCAAAUUAGUUGAAAAGACAAAAUCACCAGUUAUUGCUAAGUUUGCAGCCAAUUUGCUCACACAAGUCUACACAUCCAGCGAGCUAAGACCAAUUGCACUCAGAUCUGAGUUUGCUUUCACUUUGCAGGCCUUAAGAGAAUUGUCCUUUGAAUCAGAGGAAGAAGAUGAAGGUAAAGGCAAUGCAGCUAAACCCGAAGAAGUUAAGGAUGCUAUCGAAGCACGGAAUAAGUUAUUUGAAGCUAUUGAUAAUAACUCGUUGUAUAACUCUACUCAAUUAUAUGCACAGUUGGGUUAUGUGUUUGCAGAAUGGGUUAAGUUGUUGAGCCAUGGCAGCAAGACACUUGAAUUACAAGAUGAAUUUGUUCAAGGCUUAUUGGACGCAGAGAUCUUAACCAACCCUGAGUACUUUGAGGUGUUCUUCAAGGCAGCAAUGGAUAUUGCUAGCACUUCAUUUGCAACUGAACAUGAGAUUCGUAUUAGAACUUUGAGUGAAACAUAUUUAACUGUUGACUGCUUAGCUAUCUUGGUGGCUCGGAUUAUCUUGAAAUUUAAGGAUGUGGAUGAAGCUAUGGACUAUUUGAAGAAUAUACUUGCAGUAUUGGUACUUGUUUUAGCUAAUGAUCAUAAUGCUGGCAGUGAUCAAUGGAACGAAAGAGUCCAUUUUAGACUCUUUUCAUCAUUAUUUGCUGCUUGGAAUAGUGCUUCAGAAUUAGAUAAGGAUGCCACUGCUAAGUUUGAUACCAAGUUUUACACCUUAAUUGCUGAAACAUUGAAUGCUCUUCAACCAAUGAUAUUCCCUGGUUUUACCUUUGCAUGGAUAUCAUUAAUCAGUCACCGGUUGUUCUUGCCUAGACUUCUCGAAUUACCGGACAGACAAGGAUAUCAGAGCACAUUAAGAUUGUUGACCGCUUUAUGCAAGUUCCAAUUGGUGUAUUCCAAGGAAGCCCAUAACGACAUCAUUAGUGUCAUUUUCAAGGCUAUUAAUAGAAUAUUCAUUGGUAUCCUACAGGGAUACUCCGAAUUUUUGGUGGAAUGCCAUUACCAAUUGGUGACAGCCAUCCCACCCAGUUAUAUUCAGUUAAAGAACUUGGUGUUAUCAGCCACACCAUUUUAUGUUCAUCUGCCUAACCCAUUUACCCCUGGGUUAAAGGUUGAACGGGUUAGUGGCAUUGAUGAUCUGCCAUUUGUUGCCUAUAAACCCGUUGAUGAUUUGGUCAAAAUUGGAUUAAAGAAACCAGUAGAGAACUUUCUUCGGAUCCCAGCACCAGCGUUAAUGAGAACCAUUUAUAAUGGAAUGAAGUUGAACACUCCUAAGGAGGUUGCCGGAUUAAAUGGUAUUGAUAUUGUUCAUUAUAAUGUCAAGUUAAUUAACGCAUUGGUAUUACAUGUUGGAAUAUCUGCAGUUGCUGAUAAGGCCCCCACGAAUACUCGUGGAUUCAAUACUAAACUGUCACAGGUUGCACUUUUAGUUGAUUUAAUGAACCAUGGAUCCAAUGAGUUCCGGAACCAUUUGAUUAAUGCCAUUGCUAACCAAUUAAGAUACCCCAAUAGUCAUACCCAUUGGUUCAUUGGAGUGAUUCUUCAUUUCUUUAGUGCCAGUGCAAUUUGGAAUUCCGCUAACGGGUUGAAUAAUCAACUUGUGGUUCAAGAAUUGAUUACCAGGGUAUUAUUAGAACGUCGUGUGGUUAGCAAACCUCAUCCUUGGGGGUUAACUAUAGUGUUUACUGAGCUAGUGAAGAACACAGACUUUGGAUUCUUUGACUUACCAUUUGUUAAGUCUUGCAAUCCUGCAUUGAAGGCUAUCUUUGAUUCGUUGGCUCAUAAUAUCAAGGCAGUGCCUGGGCUUGCAACGCCUGAAGGCAACUUCUGA